ACUGUGACAUUGAGGAGGGCGGGGACAAGGGCAGGAGAUUUUUGUGUCUUUCCAAUCCGAAAGCCGUAUUCUAAUUCGUCAUUUUCCCCUCCUUUGGGAUCGCGGAAGCCUGAAGCUCGAGUCCUGUGUAACUUUUCUCCCUUGGACAAAGAAUUUCAGGUUCAAACUUUUUAAGACAAGUAUUAUCCUUGGCCAUCAGCUUUGAGAAAUAAUUUAAGUCAAAGUGUCUUCUCUAUGCUGACAAGCAGAAGAUACCAUGGCCAAGAAAGUUGCAGUGAUUGGUGCUGGUGUGAGUGGCCUGACCUCUAUCAAAUGCUGCUUGGAUGAAGACCUGGAGCCCACGUGCUUUGAAAGAAGUAAUGACAUCGGGGGACUGUGGAAGUAUACCGAAACUUCCAAAGAUGGGAUGACCAGGAUCUACUGGUCGUUAGUGACAAAUGUCUGCAAGGAAAUGUCCUGUUACAGUGACUUCCCUUUCCAAGAAGAUUACCCCAAUUUCAUGAGCCACUCAAAAUUUUGGAACUAUCUCCAGGAAUUUGCUGAGCACUUUGACCUCCUGAAAUACAUUCAGUUUAAGACCACUGUGUGCAGUGUAACAAAGCGUCCAGACUUCUCCAAAACUGGUCAAUGGGAUGUUGUCACAGAGACAGAGGGCAAGCAGCAUAGAGCUGUCUUUGAUGCUGUCAUGGUUUGCACUGGAAAAUUCCUGAAUCCCCGUUUACCUCUGGAAUCCUUUCCUGGAAUCCUUAAGUUUAGAGGUCAGAUCCUGCAUUGUCAAGAGUACAAGAUCCCAGAAGGCUUUCGGGGCCAACGCGUCUUAGUGAUCGGCCUCGGGAACAGUGGAGGAGACGUUGCAGUGGAGCUCAGCCGAGUGGCGGCUCAGGUGCUUCUCAGCACUAGAACUGGUACCUGGGUCAUCAGCCGCUCUUCAAAUGGGGGCUAUCCUUUUAAUAUGAUGAUCACAAGAAGAUGCCUUAAUGUUAUCGAACAAGUUCUGCCUUCGUGUUUCUUACGUUGGAUUAAUGAAAGGCAGAUGAAUAAAAGAUUUAACCAUGAGAAUUAUGGAUUAAGUAUUACAAAAGGGAAAAACCCAAAAUUUAUUGUGAAUGAUGAGCUGCCCACCUGUAUCCUGUGCGGAACAGUGACUGUGAAAACCAGCGUGAAGGAGUUUACAGAAACCUCUGCUAUCUUUGAAGAUGGGACAGUGGAAGAAAACAUCGAUAGUGUGAUCUUCACGACAGGAUAUGUGUUUUCUUUUCCCUUUCUUGAAGAACCACUCAGAAGCCUUUGUAUGAAAAAGAUGUUCCUUUACAAGCACGUCUUUCCUUCCAACCUGGAGAGAGCAUCCAUGGCCAUCAUUGGCCUGAUCAGCUUAAAAGGGUCCAUCCUGACUGGCACUGAGCUCCAAGCACGAUGGGCCACACGAGUAUUCAAAGGACUCUGUAAGAUACCUCCACCCCAGCAACUGAUGGCUGAAGUUACUAAAAAGGAGGAGCUCAUUAAAAGAGGUGUGAUUAAAGAUACCAGUGAAGAAAAACUCAGCUACAUUCCCUAUAUGGAUGACCUUGCUGCAUGCAUAGGCACUAAACCCAAUAUCCCACUUCUGUUCCUCAAGGACCCCAGACUAGCCUGGGAAGUCUUCUUUGGACCAUGCACCCCUUACCAGUACCGUUUAAUGGGCCCUGGGAAAUGGGACGGAGCCAGAAAUGCCAUCCUCACCCAGUGGGACAGGACUCUGAAGCCUUUAAAAACUCGAACUGUGUCGUCUGAUUCCUCCAAGUCUGCUUCUUUGUCACAUUAUUUAAAAGUUUGGGGUGCACCUCUCCUACUUGCCUCUGUUUUGCUUAUCUGUAAAUCUUCACAUUUUUUAAAAUCAGUGAGAGAUAAACUACAGAAUAGAAUUUUCCCUUACCUAGUGCUAUAACUUGAGUGUGUCCCCCAGAGUUCAUCUGUUGGACAAUUGGUCUGCAAUGUGCUAUUGUUGAGAGGUGGGGCCUAAUGAGAGGUGUUUGGGUCAUGGAGACUACAUCAUCGUGAAUGGAUUAGUGCCACUCUUGCUGGACUGGAUUAGUUACCCUGAGAAUGGGUACUUGUAAAGCAAGGCUGGCCCCUCAUUUUGCCUCUUCAGUACGUGUUUAUUUGCGCUUCCACCUUUCCACCCUGUUAUGACAGAGCACAAGGUCCUCAUGGAACCUGUCACCAUAUCUGGAUUUCCCAGCCUGCAGAACCGUGAACACAAUAAACUUCUUUAUAAGUUUCUCA